AUGAAGGGUUUACGUAUAUUCGUAGCUGGAACUGAUACCGAUGUGGGCAAGACCUUCGUGUCGUCGAUAUUGGCCAAACGAUGGGGUUGCAAUUACUGGAAACCGAUCCAAACUGGCUUGGAGUCGGAGGAAGGUGACCUUAUGACCGUGAAACGGUUGACCAAGCUCAAAAGCGACCACUUCGCCUCACCACUGGUCCUGCUAAGAAAGCCAUUAUCUCCCUGGGUAGCGGCAAUGCAUGAAAAUAAGGAAAUUAGGGUGUCGGAUUUCACAAUUCCUAAGCGGUUCCAACAGAGUGAACGAUGCUUGUUAGUAGAAGGAGCUGGGGGGUUGUAUGUGCCGAUCAACCGUAAUGAGAUAAUGACCGAUCUCAUUACUCAAUUGAACUGCAAGACUCUUUUGGUAUGUAGGAGUGAGCUAGGAACCAUAAACCAUACCUUGCUCAGUAUCGAACACUUGAGAGCGCGGGGCAUAGAAAUUAUGGCCCUAAUCAUGAAUGGCAUUCCCAAUGACGACAACGCCAAAGCCAUCCAUACUCUCAGUGGUGGAGUCCCCAUCCUCUGUCAGAUUCCACCUUCGACAAGCAUCGAUGAUUUGACUCUGUUAGUUCCCGAUUUAGAAUCGUUAGUGGGCGCAAAUAGCCAAUCUCCAUAGACUAUGUAUAUAGCGAUAAAAUAUAUUCAAGCAUAUGUUU